GCUCCCGGCGGAGGAGCCGCGGUUCUAACAGCGGUUUGCGGCGCCCGGAGCGGUCCCGGUAAUCCCGGCCCAUCUGGCGCUCUCCCCGUAAUCUGUUUAUCCUGGUUUUAACCGCUGGAGAACCUGCAGGGAAGCUGAAAGCCCUUUCCAUCCAUACAUUGCUCGGGGUGUCUUUGUCAAAUACAUUAAAUCAUUUUGUCUGGGUGAGACCCUCGAGAUGAUCGAGCGACCAUUACAAUACACGUUAACGGGGGCCGACUUGCAGAGUCCUGCAGAGUGAAGCGCGUUCCUUCGGAGGGUGUUGAUAGAAGCUUGUCUCUGAAAGACUGGAAAGUAGUACAGGGCAUCAUGACUGCUUUGGAUGAUAAACUGCUGGGUGAGAAGCUCCAGUAUUACUACAGCAGCAGUGAGGGUGAGGAUGAAGACAGCGAGAAGGAAGAUAAAGAAGGGGAGAGCAGCAUUCCCGAGGGCGUUGGGGAGGUGGAGCUUUGCAGCGAUGGCAGCGCUGUCAACACAGGUCCCAAAGGCGUCAUUAAUGACUGGCGGAGAUUUAAACAACUGGAGACUGAGCAGCGGCAGGAGCAGCGCAGAGAAAUGGAGCGACUCAUUAAAAAAUUAUCUAUGACGUGUCGCUCUCACUUAGAUGAAGAGACUGAUAAGCAGAAGCAGAAAGAGCUUCAGGAAAAAAUCAAUGGAAAGAUGACGUUACAAGAAUAUAACAUGAUUCACAAUGAUGAAGACGAUGAGGAAUUUUUACAGCGAUACAGGAAGCAGCGGAUGGAGGAGAUGAGACAGCAGUUGUACAGCGGGCAGCAGUUUAAACAGGUUUUUGAGAUCACCAGUGGAGAAGCGUUUUUGGACACAGUUGAUAAAGAGCACAAGAGCACACUGAUCAUGAUCCAUAUUUAUGAAGAGGAUAUCCCCGGCACCGAGUCCCUGAACGGCUGCAUGAUCUGCCUGGCCACCGAGUAUCCAACGGUGAAAUUUUGCCGCGUGAAGAGUUCGCUCAUUGGAGCCAGCGCCCGCUUUACUAACAACGCUCUGCCGGCUCUGCUGGUCUAUAAGGCAGGUGAGCUCAUCGGCAAUUUUGUGCGAAUCACCGACCAGCUCGGAGAAGAUUUUUUUGCUGUCGACCUGGAGGCUUUUCUGCAGGAAUGUGGUUUGCUUCCAGAAAAAGACCUGGUGCUCCUGACUUCUAUACGUAACCCGUCUGCGUGUUACAGCGAGGACAGUGAUCUGGAAAUCGACUGAACCGGUUGUACCGAGGGGCCAGUAGGUGUAGUUGUGCUGUGGGAUGUUCUUGUGCUAGGGAUUGCUCUCUUCUUCCUUAGUGUGGAUACAUGUUCUUCCCCUUCACUCACUUUGACUUUUGCACGUUAAAAACUUGUUAAAAAUAACAUAAGGAAUUCCUAAUAUUUUCUUAAAUUAAUUCAAUAAUGUAUGCACUGAAACAGUCUUGCUUUUAUGCAAUUAAAAUGUAUUUUACUAAACAUGGAAUUCUAACACAGUUCAGUAAGUUUAGGUAAUUGUGCAUUGUCAUCUCUGUUCUCCAAAUCACUGUAUUUUUUUAAACAUUACGUUCUCAGAUCAGCUCUGUAUGGUCAGUUGUUACAGCUUUCCUGAAGCAGUGUACGUGAGCACCGGUUGGCUCGAGAUGUGGCCACCUCCUCCUCACUCAGGUCAGAACUGAGACUGCGAAUAAAGAAGUUUUUAAGCAUUCAAGACACUUACUAACCUGGAGCUGAACUGCUGCCAGUUAGCACUGCAAGGCCCCAUCCUCUGUUCCCGGUUUGCAGUCUCCUUCUUGGAAGUACCUUCUUGUUCUAAUGCUUGGCAUCAGACUUUUGUUCCUUUCUCAGGAGUAACAACAGCCCUGACUUCAUCCUGAAAAUUACUUUUCAGCUGGAAAGGGUUCUUCUUUCUUUAACCUUGCCUGAGGCUUAAAUCAGAAACUCUUUGUUCAGUUACAGCUCUUAAUAUAUUACAGGGUUUUAAAAUACCCACCCUUAGAGUUCAUAGCAGUCACUCCGUCAGAAAAUGAUCCCUGCUUCUUCAGAAAGAUACAAAGAGCUCCAACAUGUGCUGAACAGCAUCAAGGAGAAUUUUGCUGGCAAAAUGCAGAAUUAGGACUUGAAUAGCCUCAGAAUUUCAUCUCUCUCUAAAGUCACUGAAUCCAUGCUCAAGUUCAUUUCUGUCAUCUGCCUCAGCUGGGUCACCAGGUGUGUUUUGAGUGUCAAUAACCCCUGGAGCUGGGAGGUGACCAGGGCUGUGUGGGACAGCAGCCGUGGGCCAACAGAGCAGCUCCCUGAUGCAGGGGCGGGAGCAGGAGCAGCUCCCCCAUGCAGGGGCGGGAGCAGCUCCCCGAUGCAGAGGCAGGAGCAGCAGCAGCAUGCAGGGGCAGGAGCAGCAGCAGCUCCCCCAUGCAGGGGUGGGAGCAGCUCCCUGAUGCAGGGGCAGGAGCAGCUCCCCGAUCCAGGAGUGGGAGCAGCUCCCCGAUGCAGGGGCAGGAGCAGGAGCAGCUCCCCCAUGCAGGAGCGGGAGCAGCUCCCUGAUGCAGGGGCAGGAACAGCCCCUUUCUUUGCAGCUGGUUCCCUUCUCUGAAGCUCGGGAUCCAGUUUCUGCACAAGAUGUUUAGCGGGAUCGAAACAUCGCUGCUGUCCCGGUUUUGCUCUUCGGGAGCCUGUCUUUGUACCGUGCAUCCGUGGAGUUCACUAGCACAAAAAUGCCUUGGAGCGGGGCUGGAACCCCAGUGCAGGCUGCAAGUUUUCACUCUGUCCUUUGCAAAAAAUAACAAGUAACAGCCAUCUCAGAAGCAGCACCACGGCUGUUCCAGUUGCUCAGUGCUACUGAUGUCAAAGUUCUCAUCUUCCCCAAAGCCGUGGGGUGACUCCCGCUGCUGGACUCCGAAUCAAAGCCACCCGGCGCCAGCCAAGCCCGUUUCUCUUCACGACCAUCACUGCUGCUGAAUGCAACGGCCGUGUACUGUGCUCCCCUCCUGCAGCACCUUUGGCAUUACCCUUUGUCACCGAUUUCAUUUCAUUAAGGUGUGUUUAUUUAUCUUGUUCAUGCUCUAUUUACUUCAUAAACCAGAUCACAAUACGGGGAAGUAAUUUUCAGGGCUCCUGGUGCAUUGCAGUUCACGCUCCUCCUGCCCAGCUGGUGCUGCGGGGGAGCCUGGGGACAAUUAGGGACCAUUGGCAAUUUUUGAGUGAGAUCCUGAGAGGCGAGUGUGCACUCUGUGCUUCCUUAUUGUUGGAUCAUCUCCACGUACUUCAUUUGAUAUCACAACGUUUGCUUUCUCAUGCAUUGCUCGUUUCGCUUGUUAUUUUUUAAUUUUGAGGAAAGUAGACUAUGGUUACCUGAGUAUGUGACCCAAUGUAAUGCUGUGUUUAAUGAUUAAACUUAAUUGCAAGUUUUCCGUGAGGUGUUUUGGAACACCGUGAGGAAAUUAAAAUGUCUCUAUGUAAGCGCUAUGUUCUUAGUAAGAAUGAAUCUUAGAAUAGAAAAGGAAGAAUUUGUAAUUGUAUCUAUUUGAACUGUGUUUUAAAAGUAGUACGGGCAGAAAAAUAAUUUGUAAUUAAAAAUUGCUGAAUUGGCA